GUUUUUUUCUUUUCUCUUCGUAAAAAUGAAAAUUAAUAAAAAUUAAUCAUUAUCAUAUCUUAGCAACGUUAAAAAAUAUAUUUAGUUAUUAGAGACUUUUAGUUAGGAUAUUUAACAAAAAAAUUAAAAAACAAAGUUAUUAAUAUACCAAAUGAACGGUUUAAGGUAAAUGAAGUUUAUUAGAAAGUUUAUGUUUGUAGAGAAUUUCUUUGUCUUAUGUCAAGUGAUCGUCCUACUACAAAGUGGCUGAUAUGAAAAAAAUUGAUAUUUUAAGUGAAUUAUGUUGCAUGUUUUGCUGUCCGCCAUGUCCAGGACCUAUUGCAGCAAAAUUGGCCUUCCAACCACCAGAACCAACAUAUAAGCUCACAUCUGCCGAUGAUACGAAUACAAAGUAUAAUCUACAUUUAACAGAAAGGGCUGAAUGGCAAUAUUCGGAAAGAGAUAAAGGUAAAGUUGAAGGAUUUUUUACAAGGACUUCACGUGGCAAUUUAAUAACAUGCAUUUAUGUAAAAUGUAGUAAAAAUGCAAAAUAUACAUUACUAUUUUCGCAUGGUAAUGCUGUUGAUUUAGGUCAAAUGAGUAGUUUCUAUUUAGGUUUAGGUGCGCGUAUUAAUUGCAAUAUAUUUAGCUAUGAUUAUUCAGGAUAUGGUAUGAGCGGUGGUAAGCCAUCUGAAAAAAAUUUAUAUGCAGAUAUUGACGCAGCUUGGCAAGCCUUAAAAUCAAGGUUUAAUGUUAGUCCUGAAAACAUAAUACUUUAUGGCCAAAGUAUAGGAACUGUACCAACAGUAGAUUUGGCAACAAAACAUGAAGUUGGUGCGGUUAUCUUACAUUCUCCUUUGAUGUCUGGAAUGAGAGUUGUUUUUAGAAAAACAAAACGGACUUGGUUUUUUGACGCAUUUCCCAGUAUUGAUAAGGCAUCAAAGGUUAAAUCUCCCGUUCUCGUGAUACACGGAACAGACGAUGAGGUAAUAGAUUUCUCUCAUGGCAUUGGAAUUUAUGAAAAGUGUCCAAAAGCUGUAGAACCCCUUUGGGUUGAAGGUGCCGGGCAUAAUGAUGUUGAAUUACAUAGUCAAUAUUUUGACCGAUUAAAAAAAUUUUUAACGGUAGAAUUAGUUAAAUGACAAUUAAAAUCACAGCCCAAUGCCGAAAAAAGUAAUACUGAAAAAGAUCCAAAUGAUGCUUCGACAUCAAGUUCAGUUUCCACGAAAGCAUUGGCUGAAAAAUUACUCUAGCAUAAGGGGACUGGCUCUUGUGCUGGGGCGACACAUUCAAAUUAUUAUAAGUUAUUAAACGAAACAAAUGCAUCAACCCGCAAGCUU